UCUAUUUACAUAAUGACAUUCAAUGGUGUAUAUCAUAUUAUUAUUUAAAAACUAUCUAACCACUCAAUAAACAUAAAAUUAGUGAUUACAAUAUUAAAUCGCCUGUUUGAAUUUGCCGCUUAAAGCAACCGAGUACAUCGGCCACGUUCGGGAUCAAUGCUACCGGGCCGGCUAGACGCAAGUGAGAUUCGGACCUAUAGAAAUCCAAAAGUUUAGGUACACAUUUAGCCUUGAGGUCGUUUGAGCCAGUAGUCGUACUUUUCAAUUUGUACGCAGUUCAGUUCUUUUUCGUCUCUUCACAUAGAAGCAACGUAAAAGUAAUUUCGGAGCAAAUUCGAAAAUGUCUAACGUUAAACCGUUUUGCGUUAUUUGCAAAAGAAAAAGUGAUAAAUUGAAGUGCUUUGAAGAAAAAAUAUUGUGCAAAUGUCGUGAAAUAUUGAAAAUUCGCCAGGAUAAUAAAUUAACUUAUUGUGAUGUUGUGGUUCCAAAAGAAGUCAAUGAAUUCCAGAAAUAUCAGACAGAUGUUAUAGACGUUUUACCGCCUUGCCGCAAAAGUACAGAGUGUCUGCAUCUAAACCAGAAGUUGCAUCAACUUCAACAUCACAACAACAUGCUGAAAAUCAGAGCGAUAAUACUGAUGAAGUUGCGGCAACUGAACCUACCGUACAUACUCAUUCUGACUCUUGUACAACACAAUCAGCAGCUGGUUCAGCCGAGCAACACCAUGCUGAAAAUCAAAGUGAUGACAUUGAGAUGGAAAGACUUACAGUUUCUACAGCACAAUCAGCAGCUAAUUCAACAGAGCAAUUCAAUGCACAGAACACAAGGAUUUCGAGGAAAAAAAAUGGACAUGUUGGCGCUGAACAAGAAAACUAAGCAAGCAUUCCAACCCAAGGAAAAAAAUAAAAACCGUAAGGCUUCGGAAGAUUUAGAUUAUUAUCCGACUGACCCUGAUUCGGAAAAUGAUAGUAGCGACACGGCAAAUUGUAUAUCCCAGUACCAAGAAAACACAGCAUCCUCAGUGCUUGCCUGAACCCAGACUGUUUACUAUAAAUGAGAUUUUGUGAUUCCAAAAAAUCCACGAGGCAGGCUUUAACACAUUCUUCCCAUAAUUUGGAAAAGUUACUUAGAAGUGAGAUUGGUCUAUAGUUUGUCAUUUGAUAUGGGUCGCCACUUUUGAAGACUGGAGUAACUAUAGCAGUUUUCCAUUCUAGAGGAAUUUUUGAAGUACUAAAAAUUAAAUUAAUUACAUGUACUAAAGGCUUUAAAACACAGGUAUGUAUUGAUUUCAUUAAUUUGGCGCUUAUACCGUCUUCACUCGAAGAAGACCCUGUUUUUAAAGAGUUUAUAUCAGAUACAAACUCUUUUUCGUUGUCUGGUUUUAGAAAAAAUGAUUUAUUUACAGCAUAGUUACUUUUGUUGUCUUCAUUUGUGAAAAUAA